AUGGCAGACAGCUCAAGCUCACUGAAGGAUUGUCACAAUGACGAAUGUCGAGAUGACAUCCCCUUGAAAGAGUCAGGAUGCAGUGUCAUGAGUGAAGAUGAUGAGGCGACGGAAUACCCAUCCACAAUCCAAUUCAUUCCUCUACUUAUAGGACUUUGCCUUCAAUCAUUUUGCACCGCGCUGGAUAAUACGAUCCUCGCAACAGCUGUACCCAAGAUAACCGAGCAAUUCAACUCCUUGGAGGACCUAUCUUGGUACGCAAGCGCAUACCUUUUGACGUCGUGCGCCGUCACUCUUCCCUUCGGCAAAAUAUACACCUACUAUUCCACGAAAUGGGCGUACAUCAUCGCCCUCGCACUAUUCGAGAUCGGAUCUUUAGUGUGCGCCGCAACACCAACAUCCAAGGGACUGAUAUUCGGCAGAGCGCUUGCAGGGAUUGGAUCGGGGGGCUUGUCCCCAGGUGCAUUGUUGGUCCUUGCCAAUAGUGUACCCCUCCAUCGGCGGGCUCUUUAUUUUGGGAUUAUUGGGAGUACGAGUGGGAUUGCAACUGUCACUGGGCCACUACUGGGUGGAUUAUUGACCGAUCAUCUAAGUUGGCGAUGGUGUUUCUAUAUUAACCUUCCUCUUGGCGCGAUCACGGGCGUCUUUAUUUUCAUGUUUUUCAAGGAUGUGAAACCCAGCAAAACGAUCGAGACCGGCAAAUUGAACAAGGUGAAGCGCAUGGAUCCUUUCGGAAUCCUUUUGUUCAUCCCCGGAAUUAUAUCCCUUCUCCUGGCCCUGCAAUGGGGUGGCACAAAGUAUGAAUGGGCGAAUGUGCGCAUCGUUAUUCUCUUCGUUUUAUUUCUGGUGCUUACCAUUUGCUGGUGCUACGUCCAAUACCGAAGACAAGAGGAAGCUACCGUUCCCCCUCGUCUACUGAAGAACCGCAACGUUCUUGGCGCAGUCAUCCAUGCGAUGUUCAUCGGGGGUUCAUUCUUCGUGUUCGGGUACUACGCAAUUGAGCAGGCCUCCGCAUCCGAGUCCGGAAUCAACAAUCUCCCAAUGGUUGUAUCGAUGAUCGUCUGUUCAGCACUUGGAGGUCUCCUCGUGAAUUUGAUUGGCUAUUACACCCCCCUCAUGUACCUUGGCAGUGCACUACUCACGAUCGGAUCCGGUCUCUGUACGACAUUUCAAGUUCACACAGGAAGCGGGUUGUGGGUCGGUUACCAGGUCAUCAUAGGCAUCGGCGCAGGGGUAGGGUUCCAGCAGUGCAUCAACUGCCUGCAAACCGUUCUACCGUUGGAGGAUAUCCCCAUAGGAAUCGCGAUCAUUACAUUUGCGCAAAGCCUAAGUGGAGCAUUGUUCAUUUCUAUCGCUCAGACCGUUUUCCAAAACCGACUGGUGGCCAGUAUCGCCAAGUACGCCCCAACGGUUAAUCCGGCGGCUAUUAUUGAAGCUGGGGCGACCCAUCUCUCUAACAAGGUCCCCAGGAAGGCCCUUCCAUCUGUGUUGUAUGCUUAUAAUAUUGCAGUGACGCAGACGUUUUAUGUGUCUCUUGCUGCUGCGCUUCUUUCGUUUAUUGGAGCUGGGCUCGUUCAGUGGAAGUCAAUGAAAAAGCCGCAGAAAUAUGCAUAA